AUGUGGGUGAGACUCGGGGCCUUGGCCCUGCUCGUGCUCGUAGUAUGCACGUCGGUGUUCUUCAUCGUCGUCUCGUUCGACUGCAACAUCGUGCUCGACCGCUCCCUCACCGACUGCCACGGCUCCCACCUAAACGAAGUCUUCGCCGGCCGCGUUGUCCCCAUCCUCCAAUACGUGCUGCACAUCGCGUGCUGUUGCGAGUUCCUGUGGCUCGCACGGGGCAUGCUGUGUUGGCCGUGGACCCACAUUCGGCGCGUUUACGCCAACGCGGGCCUCCACAUGACCGAGGCCGUCAUGUGGUGCUGCACCGCCGCCGCCAUGGCCGACCGCGCCUGGGCCGUGGGCCUCGAAGACGCCGCCUACGAUGUGCUGGCCGUGGCCGUCGUCAGCGUCUUUCUCAACUCGCUCUGCACCUCCUACGCGGCCCACAUGAACCUGGCCUCCUUCACCACCCUCCACGACGACUACGAUGACGACGAAGAGCGCAACCCGUUCGCGUACGCGGCCAACGCCGAGCGCGCGAGCGUGGCCGAACACGGCGACGCCAUGUUGACACUCGUGCGGUGCCUCUUCGUACACAACGCGGCCCUCUUUCUGGCCAACACGUCCUACGUCGUUGCCAUGAUCAUGGUGAGCGAAGAUGGUGGCGGCCACGAACACGGGGCGCUGGGGCGUCGGGUGCUCGUGCUGCUGGGCCUCUACGUGGUGUGGUACCGCGGCUCGCAGUCGACCUUCUGGUUCAACAAGCACAACUUCCCGCACGCCAACGUCAUGCUGCCCCGAUACGACGGCGCCGCCGUACGGUCGCCCCACAGCAGCGGGCUGCAGCGGCUCCACCUCUCCACCUGA